AAAUACUCUAUGCACUUUUCUUAGUGGGCCUCCAAAACAGUGGCUAAAACAUCGGGCCACUUUCUCCGCCUUCAUGCUCUUUCUUCGCGUGUCCAAAGAGCCCAAAGUCUUCCUUGUCUCUUCUCCAGUGUUUUUCCUCUCUGCUCAAGCAAGACUCUCUCUCUCUCUCUCUCUCUCUAUCUCUCUCUCUCCAUUGAUAAAACAGUCAAACUUCCGACAAGCUUCACUGGCCGCCUCAUGUUUCUCCAGUCGGUGAACUGCUCUUGAAUGGUCUGUUGGUGGUGAUUUUGAACGAGUUCUUAUUCAGUAUUGGAGUUUGAUCGGGUGAGUUGAGACGCUGGGAGUUCUGAUUUUGCAAUCCCCGCAUUUGGGGGGAGGAGGAGAUGUCGAGUUUCCAGGGCGUUCUCGUGUCUGAUCAAUGGCUUCAGAGCCAGUUCACGCAAGUGGAGCUUCGCAGUCUCAAAUCCAGAUUCAUUUCGGUGAAGAAUCAGAAUGGGAAAGUGAACAUUGGCGAUUUGCCGGCUAUAAUGGCAAAACUGAAGGCGUUCAGUGAUGUAUUUAAUGAGGAGGAGAUUAGGAACAUGUUGGGAGAUUCUGGUAAUGAUGAGAUUGAUUUUGAAGGUUUCCUCAGGACAUACUUGAAUCUGCAAACUCUAACUGCAUCGAAAUCAGGUAGUUCUGGAAGCCCUUCGUCGUUCCUCAAGGCCACCACAACUACUCUACUUCACACCAUCAGCGAAUCCGAGAAGUCAUCGUAUGUUGCUCAUAUAAACAGCUAUCUCAGAGAUGACCCGUUCUUAAAGCAGUUCCUGCCUAUAGACCCAGCAUCCAAUGAGCUGUUUAAUCUUGCAAAAGACGGAGUUCUUCUAUGUAAGCUGAUCAAUGUUGCUGUUCCUAAUACCAUAGAUGAAAGGACAAUUAAUAUGAAACGUGUACUCAACCCAUGGGAAAGAAACGAGAAUCAUACGCUUUGCCUCAAUUCUGCAAAGGCUAUUGGAUGCACAGUUGUUAAUAUAGGCAAUCAGGACUUAGUUGAAGGAAGACCUCAUUUGGUUCUUGGAUUGAUCUCUCAAAUCAUUAAGAUCCAACUUUUGGCUGAUCUCAACCUUAGGAAGACUCCCCAGCUUGUAGAACUUGUGGAGGACAACAAUGAUGUUGAGGAGCUUAUGGGAUUAGCCCCAGAAAAGGUUUUGUUGAAAUGGAUGAAUUUUCAUCUCAAGAAAGGAGGCUAUCAGAAAACAGUAACCAAUUUUUCAUCGGACUUGAAGGAUGGAGAGGCAUACACUUACCUCCUUAAUGUGCUUGCACCUGAAUAUUGCAAUCCAGCAACCUUGGAUGUCAAAGAUCCUGCUGAAAGAGCAAAUCUAGUCCUUGAUCACGCAGAAAAAAUGGACUGCAAAAGAUAUUUGAGUCCAAAGGACAUUGUUGAAGGUUCGGCUAAUUUGAAUCUUGCCUUUGUUGCUCAAAUCUUCCAUCAAAGGAAUGGCCUGUCUAUUGACAACAAAAAGAUCUCCUUCGCGGAGAUGAUGACGGACGACGAACUAAUCUCACGAGAAGAAAGAUGUUUCCGGCUAUGGAUCAACAGUCUCGGCAUCAACUCUUACGUCAAUAAUUUAUUUGAGGAUGUCCGAAAUGGAUGGGUACUCCUGGAGGUUCUGGACAAGGUAUCUCCUGGAUCAGUGAAUUGGAAACAUGCAACAAAACCACCUAUUAAGAUGCCAUUCAGGAAAGUAGAGAAUUGCAACCAAGUUGUCAGGAUUGGGAAGCAGUUGAAACUCUCCUUGGUGAAUGUAGGUGGGAAUGACUUUGUUCAGGGGAAUAAAAAGCUUACACUUGCAUUCUUGUGGCAAUUAAUGAGGUUUAACAUACUUCAACUAUUGAAGAAUUUGAGAUCGCGAUUUCAAGGCAAGGAGAUCACUGAUACUGAUAUCCUCAAUUGGGCAAACAGAAAAGUAAAAAGCACAGGAAGAACAUCUAAAAUGGAGAGCUUCAAGGAUAAGAGCCUUUCAUCUGGGCUUUUUUUCCUAGAGCUUCUCAGUGCAGUGGAGCCACGGGUUGUUAACUGGAACCUUGUUUCAAAGGGUGAAAGUGAUGAUGAAAAGAAAUUAAAUGCGACUUAUAUCAUCAGUGUUGCUCGAAAACUCGGCUGUUCAAUAUUUUUGCUGCCUGAGGAUAUCAUUGGGGUCAACCAAAAGAUGAUAUUGACACUCACUGCCAGCAUCAUGUACUGGAGCCUUCAGCAACCAGUGAGUGAUUCAGAAUCAUCCCCUUCUCCUUCUGUAGCACUCUCCCCAGACUCCUCCCCAGCACCAUCCAUCAACGGCGAAGAUGAAAUCUCACUCGAUGGACUGUCAAAUCUGACCGUCGAUGAUGCUGCCUCUUAUUCAACAGUCUCAUAUUCACACGCCGAAGAUGAAGAUACUGAAUCACAGGAGGCCUCAUCUUCUUCGCCAGUUGAGAAUGGGGACACCCAAUUGCAGGAGGUCUCAUCGUCACAAGCUGGGAAAGAAGAUGAUACAUAGUCAAAAGGUUGGUUUUAAACUCGGGUUGGAGUGAAAAAUAUACAGGAAAGUGUUAUAAUGUUACAGGAAAUCUCUCCUUAUAGUCUCCUUUUUAGUAUUAUACCCACACACAAAUUAUAAAAUAAUGCCCCCCCUUGUUAAUCAAAGAUUCUGAGUUUUGUUAAAGUGAUUGUAUGUUGUAAAAAAAGUACGAUAGUAGUCAUUUAUAUGCAUUCUUUGGUUGUCUUGAAAGAAUUGGUCAUACAAACAAUGGCCUAUCGAUAUUUUUUGUCGUUAGGGAGAAUAUAUGCAUUCCAAUUUU